UCCCACCCUCCAGAUACCGCUCCUUCGCCUCGCAUCGUCUCGCGUCUCCCGUGCUUCUCAGGGAGGCCACCGCCGCCGCGUAGCAGAGCUAUACGACUUGGAUUGGCCGGCGCCCCGCCGCUCGUCCUCAAUCUGCGCAGAGCGGAUUGAUUCCACUCGUCGCGGAGCGGGGAGACGACCACCCCCGAACGCUCCGGAACCCGGUUGUGGGGGCCGCCCGGCCCGGGAUGUCGUCGAGCAGAUUCUCGCCGGCGCUGCAGGCGUCGGAUCUCAACGACUUCAUUGCCCCCUCGCAGGACUGCAUCAUCUCUCUUAACAAGAGCUCCUCCUCCCGCCGCCUCCAGAUCAAACAAAAGGAAAAUGUGGUGAGCACAAAGCCUCCAGAGGAAGCAGUCAAGAUUUCACUAAAAGACUGUUUGGCAUGCAGUGGUUGUAUCACAUCAGCAGAGACAGUUAUGCUGGAGAAGCAAAGCUUGGGUGACUUCAUUGCUCGCAUAAACUCUGGUAAAACUGUUAUUGUAUCAGUGUCUCCCCAGUCAAGAGCAUCACUAGCUGCGUUUUUCGGUCUUUCGCAAUCACAGGUUCUCAGAAAACUUACUGCUUUGUUCAAGUCAAUGGGUGUAAAGGCCGUUUACGACACAAGCUCAAGUCGAGAUCUAUCCCUUAUUGAAGUGUGCAAUGAAUUCGUAUCACGUUAUCAGAAAAAUCAAUCAUCUAGUGGCCAAGAAGCUGGAGCCGAUCUUCCAAUGAUUUCAUCUGCAUGCCCUGGUUGGAUAUGCUAUGCUGAAAAGACUCUUGGUUCAUACAUCCUACCUUAUAUCUCAUCUGUAAAGAGCCCUCAACAGGCGAUUGGUGCAGCCAUUAAGCACCAUGUGGUUGAAAAACUAGGUCUCAAGCCAUAUGAUGUCUAUCAUGUUACUGUGAUGCCAUGCUACGAUAAGAAGCUAGAAGCUGUCCGGGAUGAUUUCAUUUUCUCAGUAGAUGGUAAAGAAGUCACAGAGGUGGAUUCAGUACUGACAACUGGUGAAGUGUUAGACUUGAUACAGUCCAAACCUAUUGAUUUCAAGACACUAGAGGAAUCUUCCUUGGACAGAUUGCUAACAAAUGUUGAUGAGGAGGGCAAUCUAUACGGGGUUUCUGGAGGUUCUGGGGGUUAUGCUGAGACAGUCUUUCGCCAUGCAGCACGUGCAAUCUACAAGAGAGAAAUAGAGGGUCCUCUUGAUUUCAGAAUCUUGCGAAAUUCAGAUUUUCGUGAGAUUACAUUGGAGGUGGAGGGCAAACCUGUGUUGAAGUUUGCACUUUGUUAUGGGUUCAGGAACCUGCAGAAUAUUGUUAGGAAAAUUAAAAUGGGAAAAUGUGAAUACCAUUUUAUUGAAGUUAUGGCGUGUCCUUCAGGUUGCCUGAAUGGGGGAGGUCAAAUAAAGCCUGCUCAAGGCCAAUCUGCCAAGGAACUUAUCCAGCAAUUGGAGAGUGUGUACACACAAGAUGUAUCAACUUCCAAUCCUUUCGAUAACCCAAUCACGAAAAGAUUAUAUGAUGAAUGGCUGGGGCAGCCUGGUUCGGAGAAUGCCAAGAAGUACUUGCACACAGAUUAUCACCCAGUGGUGAAGAGUGUAGCUUCACAGUUACAGAAUUGGUGAUAUCGAGACGUUUUUGCACUGGGAAUUCGCAUGGUCUUCACGAGCCAAGAGGAACUUGCACACAAAGCAAUUAUGGCGUACUGUCCAUGCUAAAAAAAUAUUGAUCACACAGCAAUACAAACCGUGCCGAAAUUUUGUUAGGCUAUAGGUUUUCAGCUGCUGUCUGGGUAAUAUUGUACACUACCAAAAGGGAAAGAAUAGUUACAUUUUAAUGUGUAAAAAAUGAGCAAAAUAGGUCUUAAUGACCUUUUAUUGUUUGGAUCAAUUCUCUCUUUAGCAAGAAGAAGAAGAAAAGAGCUGGGAGCUUAUCUGUUUUA